GGCGCCCUGCGGAGGCCCCAGCGCAGGGCGAAGUGGCGGUGGCGCGGUCUGGACGCGCCUGUGGCUGCUGGAUACUGAUACCGAGCAACUGGCGCCCAGAGCGGGGGGUUGGGGCACCUUCAGGGUGAGCCGCGUUACCGCGAGGCGAGGUGUAGAGUGGCAGCAGCAGCCCUAGGCCGGGGCAGGGUGCGCCCAGCCCGAGGGGAGCGGGGGGCUCUUCGGGGUGUGGAGCCGCGAUAGCAAUUCCCUGUCAAACAGGGCGGUUUGUGCUGCACGAAGACUGGCGAUACCAUUGUCCUGCAGGAGACGGGGAUCUGCUUUAGAGGUUAGACAAACAGAUGCUGUUUAUUUGACAUCAAACCUGUUCGACGUAUUUGUUUCCUGGCAGCAGAUGCUGGAAAAGCAGUUACAGGGGAAUCACUUGCAGAAGCAAAUUGUUAGUCCCUAUACAGCCUCUGCACAUCCCUGCAUUUGGGUUGGCUACUGUCUUGCUCAGAACUUCUGCUAAAGCUAAGUCACUUGGAUUGAAAUAGUGCCCUCUGGUGACAUCUGUAUUUAGAAUUCGGAGUAUAUAUGAAGAACUACUCUUGCUAUUCUGAAGUUAAAUAUUCCUUCUGAAAAGAAUUGAAGUUUAUUCUUCACUAAAAUGCUAAAGUAUAGCAUAUUUGAGAUGGAGGGUCCUUAAAAACUUUGUAGGGCUCCAAGGAAGUUGGCAUUAGAAUCCUACUUGUGGGCAGGCUAGUGAAAUCCAGCAUUUUGCCAAGCAGUUAAAAGGACAUAUGAAAUCGGAGCUCUAGGAAGACUGUAGUGGUGUGUCAGAUGAAGAAACUGCAGCUCUUGCUCCAGCGGCAGUCCAGGCAUUGGACGAAGCUGAUGGCAGCAGCUUUGUGUAGCCAGAAGCAACUGUGAGGAGCAGAGAAGAUAAUGGAAAAGGAAUGGUUAUUCUGUUGCCUUGGAGAUGAUCCUGCUGCCUUAAAUGUAGGACAGGAGAUUAACAGUGUGGUCAGUAUGGACCUAAUGAACGGACAGUCAAGCAGUGUUAAUAUUGCGGCUACUGCUUCAGAGAAGAGUAGCAGCUCUGAAUCCCUAAGUGAAAAAGGUUCAGCUGAACUGAAGAAGAGCUUUGAUGCAGUGGUAUUUGAUGUUCUCAGGGUCACACCAGAAGAAUAUGCAGGUCAGAUAACGCUAAUGGAUGUUCCUGUAUUUAAAGCAAUUCAGCCAGAGGAACUGGCAAGUUGUGGGUGGAAUAAAAAAGAGAAAUACAGUUCAGCACCGAAUGCAGUUGCUUUCACCAGAAGAUUCAAUCAUGUAAGCUUCUGGGUUGUUAGAGAAAUUCUACAUGCACAAACUUUAAAAAUAAGAGCUGAAGUUUUGAGCCACUAUAUUAAAACGGCUAAGAAACUCUAUGAGCUGAAUAAUCUGCAUGCUCUCAUGGCAGUUGUGUCAGGCCUACAGAGUGCUCCAAUCUUCAGGCUAACUAAAACGUGGGCGUUACUGAGUCGGAAGGAUAAAGCCACAUUUGAAAAGCUGGAGUAUGUAAUGAGUAAAGAAGAUAAUUACAAAAGGCUUAGAGACUAUAUCAGCAGCUUGAAGAUGACUCCAUGUAUCCCUUAUUUAGGUAUUUACCUCUCAGACUUGACAUAUAUUGAUUCUGCAUACCCAUCAACAGGGAGCAUUCUGGAAAGUGAGCAAAGAACAAAUUUAAUGAACAACAUACUUCGAAUCAUCUCAGAUUUACAGCAGUCCUGUGAAUAUGAUAUUCCUCUGUUGCCUCAUGUCCAAAAAUAUCUGAACUCAGUUCAGUACAUAGAAGAGCUACAAAAGUUUGUAGAAGAUGACAAUUACAAACUUUCGUUAAAGAUAGAACCAGGGACCAGCACCCCACAUUCUGCUGCUUCCAGAGAAGAUUUAGUAGGCUCUGAGGUCGGAGCAUCUCCACAAAGUGGACGGAAAAAUGUUGCAGCUGAAGGAGCCUUGCUGCCACCAACACCCCCUUCACCUAGGAACUUGAUACCCCAUGGACAUAGGAAAUGUCAUAGUCUGGGAUACAAUUUCAUACAUAAAAUGAAUACGGCCGAAUUUAAAAGCGCAACAUUCCCCAAUGCAGGACCAAGGCACCUGCUGGAUGACAGUGUCAUGGAACCUCAUGCCCCAUCCAGAGGGCAGGCAGAAAGCUCCACCCUUUCCAGUGGGAUUUCAAUAGGUAGCAGUGAUGGUUCUGAACUUAGUGAAGAGACAUCCUGGCCAGCAUUUGAAAGGAACAGGUUGUACCAUUCUCUCGGUCCGGGGACAAGAGUGGCACGAAAUGGCUAUCGAGGCCACAUGAAGGCCAGCAGCUCUCUAGAAUCUGAAGACUUGGCAGUUCAUUUGUAUCCAGGAGCAGUUACUAUUCAAGGUGUUCUCAGGAGGAAGACUUUGUUGAAAGAAGGCAAAAAACCUACUGUAGCGUCUUGGACGAAAUACUGGGCAGCACUGUGUGGAACUCAACUCUUCUACUAUGCUGCAAAGUCUCUGAAGGCUACAGAGAGAAAACAUUUCAAAUCCACACCGAGUAAGAAUGUGUCAGUGGUAGGCUGGAUGGUGAUGAUGGCAGAUGACCCUGAACAUCCAGAUCUCUUUUUGUUGACAGAUUCUGAGAAGGGAAAUUCAUAUAAGUUUCAAGCUGGAAAUAGAAUGAAUGCAAUGCUCUGGUUUAAACACUUGAGUGCUGCCUGCCAAAGUAACAGACAACAGGUUCCCGCCAACUUGAUGACUUUUGAAUAAUAGGCUAAUUCAAAACAAAAAGCGAACAAUUCGUACCAUCUCAUAAUUGAGAAUGAGGUCCUGAUGAAAAAUGUGCCAGCUGUAUUCUGUGCCAGAACAGAGCCUGUCAACUCAAUCUCUGAACUCUGGAACUCUGGAGCCCUGAAAAAAACGCUACUGGUUGGGGAGUAAGUCCUCUAAGGAAAGGAAAAAAAAAAAAAAAAAAAAAAGAAAGGAGUUACAACAUAAAUUGCCAUGGACCAUGCUUCGUGAUAUUCUCUGAACUGACCUGUGGAAACCACUGCCUUAAAGAGUGAAAGGAAAGCCAACAUGAAACACCAAAUAGCGUGUGAGAAACUUCUGGCGGUGCUGUGUUUGAGUUAAAUAGAUUGUAGCUAGUUUGAGUUUCUUUUAACUUUAUACUAAUUUUGAAAAUAACUCACCUUUUUAGGUAUUCCUAAGAAAACAAGUAAAUUGAUAUUUGAGGGUUGUAUCAAAGGCUGGGUUAAAACUGAGUAAAAGAGGUACUAAACAUUCUAAAGAUGUUGUUUAGACUAUACCAGGAGUUCUCAAUGGGAGCUUUCCCCAGGCACACUGAACCUGGAGCAGCAGCAUUUCUCUCAGAUCUAAGAGUAUGAAAAUUGUAACAAAUGCAGGUUUAAUAUAGCAGUAAGCUUGCAAACCUUAGUACUGUAUGGGAGCCAUAGUCCCGGCAAGUGGCAUAAAGGCUGAGCACUUAGACACCAAAAAUUUUUUUGGUACGUUGUUACCUAAUUACUGGUUAAAACGUAGUUCACGUGUUUUGGGUGGCUGGUGUGUGUGAAAGAGACCUUUGAGAGCAAUGCUGGGUCAGAACUGAGUGUUUUCUUCCCUUUUUAUUUCUAUGCUUUUCAAACUUCUACACAUGAAGGUUCCAUGACAAAAAAAAAACCUCCACCUUGCUGAAGUUCACUGAGGCAUUUUACUUCUCUGGGUAUCUAUUAAUUACCAGCUAGGGAACACUUUAAUAUUGCUUAAAGGCCUACGUUUAAAAAAGAUAAAGGCACAAUUUCAAGGUUUCAUGUUCUCAUUUUGCAAUUACUGAUUUUAUUAUCUAUCUUAGUCAAAAUAUGACAUUGAGCAUUAUUGGUGAUGUGACCUAAAGCAGACCAUAUGUACAGAAGCUGUUUUGAUCUUCAGAAAAAUACAUAAUUUAGUUAAACUUGGAAUAUCUUAGGGAAAGAAAAGAUGUAGGAUUAUCAAUAUUCCAUUCUUGAUGGAAAUAAUUCUUGGUCACUGAAAUUACUCUCCAAGACAAACAUUUGGAUUGUAAAAAGGAAGCCAUGCUUUACAUGUGUGUGUUACGCGUAAGAAUUUGGUUCUUGCUUUGUUUGGAUUUCCGUGAAGUCGGAUGGAAUUUCUUAGAUGGCUAGUCUUUAUUUAAUCUUCAGAAAUGUGAUCUUUUUAAAGCAAGGAAACAUUGUCCAAAAAAAAAAUUUAUAUCAGAACUUCUAGUCUGUGAAAAAGUAAGUAAAUGUUCCAUUGACAUUGUGGUUUAGUGGCCAUAAAUAAGCUUGCAGACUCCACCAUGAUGCUGCUUUUGAAAAGAAACAAACUAUCUACCAGUCUGUGGCAGAGUUCUCUAUGUAAUAAAGGUUGCUAGUAGUAGUGAUUUAUUUUGAAAAUGUACAGUUUAUUUAUUGCAUCAGAGUAGAAGCCUGUAAGUUCACUUUUUAAUUUUUCCAGAGGCAAAUUAAUCUCUUAAUAGAAAUGAUUUAAUUUCUGAUUUGGGGGAGGGGGAGAGAAGGAUAAUCCUCAUUUAAAAGAAAUCAAAACAAAAAAAAACAACCUCUUGGUGACCUGGAGUAAAUAGUAAUAGGCUGGAUUAUGUUUACAGGAGUUGUUCUUGUGGAUUGGCUCUUGGUAGAGAGAAAACAGUAGAAGGAUGUUUCUGUUAGAAUUACAUCAAAAGUAGUGUGGGGAUUUGUGUCCCUUUGCGAUUUCUUACUGUUUUGAUGGGCAAUGAAUAGUCUGUUCUGAUCCUGAAGUCACAUAUUUUUGGAAAGAGGUUGCUUGUGCUGAAUCCCUCUUCAAUUCUCAUGUCUCCCAAGUUAACCCACGUUGGGUGUAUAGUAAAGACAACAUCUUCAUAGCCGGCAGUGUUACUGUAGUAGAAUUUGCACAACUUCUGUUUGGGUCUUUCAUUUAAAAAAUAUUACUUAAUGUGUAUUUCUUCUCAACAACCAAGUGGUUUUUUAACAAUGUGUGUACUUUUUUAAGCAUUGUGGAUAAUAGCCCUGUGAAUUUUGAUUUUUUUUUAAAUAAGCUAAUACAGAGACAUUGCAGCAUAA